GUAUGUUUUUCUGGGAGGAUUUGUUAUAUGGUUAUUUUUUUGCAAGUUUUUUUUUUAUAAACGAGCUUUCAAAAUAAAUCCCAAAAACCAACAAAUCUCCAAAUGAUCCGUAAACUCUCUCUCCGCAAAUCCCGCGAAAGCCAAGACGACCAUCAAGAUAGUCGAGAUGGUUCUCCCCGCGGGUCCCCGAAAGGUUCCCCUCGAGGCCGCUCCCCUUCUCUCAGCACCAGUUUCCGCAACAUGCUCCGACCACGCUCUCGUAGCACCUCCGCAUCUAUAUCAUCCACCCUUGCCCAGUCAUUGACACCCACCUUGCCACCCAUCAACCCCAAAAAACUCAACACACUCCAUAAAGCAGUGUACACUUCCAACCUCAAAAAAAUCCCAUCUCUCCUUUCGACCCGUGAUCCAAACAAACGGGACACUCACCAUGGCUUCACUGCCCUCCACCUUGCCGCCCGCCUAGGUUCCAUCCCCUGUAUCAACCUCUUACUCCCAUAUGCCGAUAUGGAGGCUCGUGAUCUGGAUGGACGGACACCGCUUUUAUGUGCUGUGCUUGCUGGGCAGCUUGCGUGUGUAUCCCUGCUUGUUGAAUCGGGUGCAAAUGUCGGCGCUGUUGAUGGACGCGGGAUGGGGAUUGUGCAUUUGGCGGUUGGAGGGAGUAAAGAGGGGAUUCAAAAGGUUUUGGAGGUGGGUGGGGAUGUGAAUCUUCGUGAUAAGGAUGGAAAUACACCCCUUCAUUACUCCCUGCUUACGCAUACGGACUAUACACCCCUCCUCCUCUCCAAAGGCGCCAAUCCCAACCUCCCCAAUAAUCUCCUCCAGACUCCCCUCCAUGUAUCUCCACCGGCCCUGAUUCCUCUUUUACUUACCCAUGGAGCGGACCCGUCUUUACGGGAUGUGCAUGGUAAGACGCCAAGGGAUGACAAGGACGCAAAGGUCUGGGAGGAGUGGGAGAGGAGGGAAAAGAAGGGGUGGGUUCAUGAGGGGGAUGAUGAGGGGCGUGUGGAGGAUGUGAGUGGGGAAUCGGGAGUGGUGGAACCGGUUUUGGAGUUUGGGAGUUUGGAUGAGGGUGAUGAAGAAGGUGAUGAGGAGGGUGAUGAGGAUGAGGAGAGCGAUGGAGAUGGAGAACUAGUAAAAGAUGAAGUCAAGCAGCUAGAAGACGUGGGAGAGGAUGAAGGUGAAGAUGACGGUGAGGAUGAGGACACGGGAGAAGAUCACGAUGAAGAUGAAGAUGACGAAGAAUAUACUUCAGAAAACACAAAACCCCAACCAACACCCCAGGCCACUUUCCCCACACCCAGCCCAAACGAAUUUCAGAUAUCAGCCAUCUCCAUCGCACUCGACUCUGAAUCCUCUAUCGUAGAAGCAUCCCUUCAUUCGGAAACAUCUUCCAUAGCCUACUCGGAAUCAUCCAUAUUACAUUCUAGAUCUCCUUCUGUAUCCAAGGCUAGUCUUACGGAUUUGGUACCCAGUGCGCAUUCACAGGUGGAAAAGGAUGAGAGUACGGAUUUGUUGGAUGCGGUGGGUGGGUCAGAGUUUGAUGACGAGUUUGGGUCUGAUGAGGAUAUGGAUGUAGAGGAGGUUGAUGCGGAUGAUGGUUUGGAGAAACAGAGGGAGGAAACGAAAUUGCAUGUUGUGCAUACAAUGGAUGAGAGUGUUUCUGAGGAGAGCGAUUCAAUGGGAGAUGCCAAUCGUGAUCCUGCAUUGGUGACGAUGGAUGAAGGUCUGGUGCAGAAUAAAGUUGGAGAGGUGGAAAUGGGUGUAGAUGCGGGUGAUGAAGGGGAGGCUUCGACUGGGAUGGAUUUGUCUAACAUGGAGGAAGAAGAGGUGAUGGCAUCUAGCGUUGACCAAGGUGUGCCAAUUACGAUACCGAAAACAAACACAACCGAUAAAGAACCGAUCACUGCAGAGUCGGUGAGUGAACACCCGUCAAAUGCAGUUCCGUCGCAUGAAGACUCGCCAAGAAUGGAUUCACAGUUGCCGACCGACCCUCAAUGGACUCAAGUCUGGCACCUCCUUUGCGCCAAAUUCGGGUACACACCCACACAAGAUACUCCCACCCCCACCCAAUGGACUCAACUCUUGACAACCAUCACUCCACAGCAGUAUCCAACACCACCCGACCUCAACAACACCUUAACGGACCUCACAACCCGUCUGACAACCACAGUGGACCUCCUAGAUCACGCCGAAAAAAACCUUGAUGAAAAACAAACUGAGAUUCAAAACACAUAUACCCUCCUUCACCAAACCCAAUCCGAACUCGCUCAAGUCAGUUUACAUCGAGAUUUAUCCCGAAAGCGAGCGGCAGCGCUUGAAAGCCAAGUCACCAAUUUAUUGGCGCAAUUGGCUGAGCAUGAGGGAGCCGAGGAUGCGAGGGCUGCCAUGUUGGGUCAGGAGCAGCGGGCGGCCACUGGACGGGCAGAUGAGGCGGAGCGAAAGGUGGGUGCUGCUCAAGACCGGGUGAUUCAAGUGGAGGCCAUGUGUGAGGCCGAGAAGAGGAGGACGAGGGUUCUGGAAAGGGAGGUUCGGUUGUUGAGGGGCCGUGUAGCUGGUUUUGAGCGUGGGCAAGGACAAGCGCAGGAUCAAGUGGAACUCAAAGAAGGCGAAAGAGAGGAGGAGGAAUUGGACUCUUUGGAGGACCCCGACGGCCAAGACUCGACGACGACAACAAUAACCCCGGAUCCACAUGAAGCCUACAUAACUCGUCUUGAAUCCGAUCUCAAAACUCUUCAAACUGAAUUAUUACAGUCCCGGGCAACUCUCACUCAAAUCCAAACGGAUUUCACAUUUCGCACCGACGAACUCGCAGACGAACUCAAGGAAACAAAACGCCAGCUCGUUCGCACGACCCAUCAACUGGAUCAAACAACUCAAGAUCUUUCCAAUGCGACCAUCAAACUCGAACAUUCUGCCCAACAUACUCACACCCUCACACUCCGCAUUCAAGACCUUGAGCGCGACAUUCGGAAACGAGACGCUGACGUCGAACGUGAAAAACAAGAAAAAGACCGCGCAAUCCUCCUCACGGAACAAACCACCAACGACCUUGAAACUCUCCGUCAAGAACUCCAAUCCGAAUCCCUCGCCAUUGAAUCCCGAAACAGACAAAUCGAAACCCUCCGUCAACAGAUUAAAGACCUCACGACUCCACCCAUUUCUACCGACCAACAGCAAACAAACCCCACCCAAGAAGACCUCUUGACACUCCUCAACCACUACGACACUGAACUCAAAACCCUAACCCAAUCCCUCACCCACGAAAAAUCCCUUCGUCAAUCUCGCGAAGCAGAACACACUGCCAUCUUGGCUACUGUCUCUGACCUCGAAACCAAUCUCUCCGACCUUCAAAAAGCCCAUGCAGAGGAAACACACCAACACACCACCCGCAUCCAGUCUCUCGAAACCGCACUCGAAACCCUCCAGUCCUUAUCCCAAACUCAAGAGAACACGAUCAAUUCCUUACAGUCUGAUUUGAACACUUUGCAACAACGUGCCAUGGACGCUGAGUCCCAUCUCGAACGUUUAACUGCAUCUACGGCACUUGAUCUCCAAUCCCAUCAAUCCACCAUCGACACGUUGACCCACACCCUUCAUUCCCAAUCUCAUGACUUGGAUACCGCCCGCUCACUCGCGGAAGACUAUCGGCGGUUGAAUGAGACGCUGGGUGCGCAGGUUGGGGGUCUCGAAGAACAACUGGCGGUACGAGAACGUGAGCUUGCUGAACAACAAGAACGGGAACAGGACCUUGUGGAUCGUCUUGAGCAGCUCAAAGAGGAAUUGGAGACCAAGAACCGUGAGAUUCUUGAACGACGUGAUCGGGAAGGGGUGUUGCUAACAGAGAUGGAGGCCCUUCGACAUGAAUUGGAGGCAACGCGAGGCGGGGAAGCUCAACGAGGGGAAUGGGAACGGAGUCUUGUUGCAGAGAUUGAUAGCCUCAAGGAGGCCCUGGAGAUGCAAACCAAGACGAUGGAAGCUGAACGACGGGAAUGGAUCCUAAAAGUCGAGCAAAGCGAAGCGGCCAACACGACAUCCAUGCAAGAGCGCGAGCAAGAGUGGAAUGAACGAGUAGAAACCAUCAAGACGGAAUAUGAGGAGAUGAUAACGGCUCUCAAACAAACCCUUGAACAAGAGCGAUCACAAAAAGACCAGGAAACGACUCGUUUUGAUCGUGAUUUGGUUCAAUUACUCGAUACCCAACCCACUCUGGGUACCCUCAUCACUCAUCUCCAAACCACCUCCCACAUCCCACUUACAAUCCGGACGAACCUGACCAAUCUCCUGAACAUGGCACACCAGCAACACGAGACAGACAAAGCAGCCAUGGAAUCCAAAAUAAGUACACUUGCAUCUACCAUCACCUCCCUCCAAACCCAAAACAAGAACCUCCUCGCUAAAAUCUCAGACUUGACCUCUGAAAACGACCGUGCACGUCAACACAUACUGGAUCUCUCGUCUCACUCCCAGAUCCCCAUAACACGAAUCAGUGAAUUGGAAGAUCAAGUACGCCGGUUGAGUGAUUUGAAAACGGAACUGGAGGCACGCCUCACCCAGGCCGUAAGCGAUGCGGAGAAGGCUAAUCAAGCGACAAUACUCCAAUCGGAAGAGUACGCUCAAAAAAUAAACGUUCUUUCAGAUGAGUUGGCUACCUAUACCGCUCGAACUCAAUCCCUCCAAUCCCAACUCGAAGAAACCCAAGCAAAAUUGAAAUCAACGCUUCAAACGCUGGGCGACUUGGAAAACACAAACAAAACUCUUUCGGCCUCCCUUACGGAAACUCAAUCCACAUCCCGUAAAACCUGGAACGAAAAAUCCGACCUCGAAAUCCUUCUUACAAAAGAACGCACCGAUCACGAGCGAACACUCUUGGAUCUCAAACAAACGCUUACAACCCUUGAAGUCGAGCAUUUGCGACUGGAAGAAGAAAACAGGUUUGUCAGGUCUCUGUUGGAGAACUCUGCACGGGAAGCCGCUGAAUGGAGUCAACUGAAAUUGAAAUGGGAGACCGAAAAGCGGAGGUUGGAAGAAUUGGUUUCAGCUGCUCAAGACGAGAUCAAGGGGAUUGAAAAACAAAACAGAGAUGCAUUGAGAAAGGUUGAGCGAGGACGAGAGGAAGCCGAGUCUCGUAUCCUCGUCCUCGAAAAAGAGGUUCAUGCGAGCAAGUUGGAAUUGGAUGGUUGGAAAACGUCCAAAACAACCUGGGAGCAUCAACGGUCUACAUUGGAACGAGAACUGGAGUCCCAACGCUCUCUUUUGCAUACUCGAGAAACCGAGCUCGCCACUCUCACCAAACGACUCAACCAACUCUCUUCCAAUCCACCCCCCGAUCCCACCCUCCUCCAAGACAAAACAAGACUGGAAAUCCAACUCGAAUCUGAACGCACCCUUCGCAAAGAAAUUGAAAUACGAGCUGAAAAAACUUACACGACCCUCCAAACUGAAAUUGCUACCCUCUCCCAAACCCGAUCCCAACUUCAAUCGCACAUCUCUUAUUUAGAACAACACCGACAGUCCUCUGAAACCCGUAUCCAAACCCUCCUCAACACCCUCCAAUCCAUCCGAGACCAACCCACACCAACGCAACUCAACGAAGCCAACUCUAAAAUCCAAACUCUUCUUGAAGAAAAAGCUCGACUUCAGUACACCCUCUCCCAACCUACAAACAACAAUGAAACCACACGCCUCCGAACCCAAAUCUCCCACCUUAAACAUGCCCUCCAAUCCGCCCACCUGACUGCCCAACGCACCUACGACGCCAAAGUCCGCGCCAUCGUCGUUAAACUCGAACAACACACCCAAGAACGCGUGCAGGUUGAAAAAGGGUGGAUUAAAAACCAAACGGCUCUUAAAGCAGCAUAUGAGAAGCAGAUUCGGGAAUUGAAUUCUGAAUUGGAGAGAUUCAAGAUGCGUGUUGGGCAGGGUGAUCGAUCGGAUUCAAAGAGAGUUAUGAGUGUAUUGGCAUGAUUGUGAUAUUUUGGAACUUUUUUUUUUGUUUGGCUAUGGUUUGUUACUAUAUGACAUCUCCUGGACAAUUACUGUUGUCGCCAAUUAUAACACUAUUGGAAGCACAUUGUAAAAAUAUAGACGAGCACCUAGAAGUAUAGUGUCAUGCACUUGCCAGAAUGUGCUCUACGUUUUUAAUCCAAGAUUGUAAAC